CUGCGUCGCCGUUCUAAUGGAGUCUUCAGAGGAGAGCUAAUUCAUCUGCAUCAAUUUGGCCGAUCAAAACUAGAACUCGCCGGAAAACUGAAAUCCGAUUGAUGGCGGAGGCAGAGCGGAUGAUAGUUGGUGACGAACAGGGAGGACAAGGAGAAAAGGAAGAGCAAUUAGAAGGAGGGGCGACGGACGGGAAGGCAAUGGUUAUGGCGGCGAGUAGGAAGGAAAAGAGGAAAGGCAAGAAGAAGAUGAAGAGGAAGCAGAUGAGGAAGGAGAUAGCGGCGAGGGAGAGAGAGGAGGAAGAGAAAAGGAUGAAUGACCCGGAGGAGCAGAAACGGUUGAAGGAGAUGGAGGAAGAGGAGAGGUUGAGAAUGGAACGAGAUAGAAAGGAGUUCGAAGAGAGGGAGAAGAAGUUGUUGGAGGAGAUGGAGCAGAAGAGGAAGGCGGAAGAGGAGGCGAGAAGAGAUGCUGAAGAAGAAGAGGAGGAGGAUGCUAAGAGAAGAUUGGAGACUCCAAUUGAGGAUGGAUGUGAUGUGGAUAGUAAUUGGGAGUAUGUAGAAGAAGGGCCAGCUGAAAUUAUCUGGCAAGGAAAUGAGAUAAUUAUCAAGAAAAAAAGGGUUCGAGUUCCUAAAAAGAAUGCGGAUGCCCAAAGGAAAGAGAGUUCACAGGAUGCCAAUAGGCCUACUUCUAAUCCUCUUCCGCCAGAAUUUGAGGCUUCCACUCUUUCAGCACAAAAGAUGCUUGAGAAUGUUGCUCAACAAGUACCAAACUUCGGUACUGAACAGGAUAAAGCUCACUGUCCAUUCCAUUUAAAAACUGGAGUCUGCCGGUUUGGUCAGCGUUGCAGCAGGGUACAUUUUUAUCCAGAUAAAGCAUGUACCUUGCUUAUCAAGAAUAUGUACAGUGGUCCUGGCCUUGCUUGGGAACAAGAUGAAGGACUUGAGUAUACAGACGAAGAGAUUGAACGCAGUUACGAAGAAUUCUACGAGGAUGUGCAUACAGAGUUCUUGAAGUAUGGCGAGAUAGUGAAUUUCAAGGUUUGUCGAAACAGUUCGUCCCACUUGAGAGGAAAUGUGUAUGUUCACUAUAAGUCAUUGGAUUCAGCUGUACUUGCCUAUGAAUCCAUCAAUGGACGUUACUUUGCUGGGAAACAGAUUACUUGUGAAUUCGUUAAUAUCACCAGAUGGAAGGUAGCCAUAUGUGGGGAGUAUAUGAGGUCGAGGCUCAAGAACUGUUCUCGUGGAAAUGCUUGCAACUUUAUCCACUGUUUUCGCAAUCCUGGUGGAGACUAUGAAUGGGCAGACUGGGACAAACCUCCACCAAGGUUUUGGGUGGAAAAGAUGACUGCUUUAUUUGGUUCCUCUGGAGACGCCGAGAGUUAUGAACACAAGGAAGAGAAAAUAGGGAGGGCAUCUAACAAGGCAAAUGUUAGUGAUAGAGAAAGGUUGCGUUCCAGAAGAUCCAUGUCCAGGGACUUUGGACAUCAGUCCGAUAGAAGAAGAGAUAGGGACAACUAUGCUCAUGAAAGUGCAUGGCAGGGGAGACGUGUAGACAAUAGAAAGAAAUCAACUAGAAAUCUAGUUGAAGACCAUCAUCAUUCUGGCAGAAGGCUAGAUUCUACAUCUGAAGAAGAGGGUUGGUCAGAUAGGGACAUCGACAACAAGGAGGAAUGCAGAAGAAGCAGCCGAUCAAGAAGUCGUAGUUCGAGAAACCACUACGAGGAGAAAAGGAAUGAUAAUAAGGAUGUGAUUUCAGAUAAUGAGAAGAAGGGGUCCGGAAACGGGCAACCAAGUCGCAAAAAAAGGAGCAGAAUAGAUCUUCAAAAUGGCAGGGAGGGAAAAGGAGAAAAUAACAGCAUGAGAUAUCUCGACGAUACCUUCUUUCGUACAAGGUCCAGAGAAGUGGAGGAUGAUGAUGAUCAGCUUGAUAGACAACUGCAUGAUCCCAACGACCUUGAUUAUCAGCGGGAGAGGGAAAGCAGAGGAAGACAGCAUGGGAAAAGAGGAUGGCAUGGUGGUCAUGACGAGGAGGACUUGGAUGGUGAUAAUGAUGGUGGUGGGAAUGAUGUAAGCACCAAGCGGUUAGAGCAGAAUUCGGACAGGGAACGAUCCCCUACAAGAAGUCCAUCGAAUCGAAGGAGACAUUCAAGUAGGGGGAGUUCAGAGUGGCGUUCCUCUAUCGCUACUUUUGAAGAUAGGUGGGGAGCCUGAUAGUUGAGAGUGUGGAAUCCCGACGUAAUAGAGACAAUGUUGUUAUCUGAGCUGCUUCUAUUCUGGAAUUGCAAAACGUCGUGUCUAGAAAACAUUACCUGUAAGAACAGCGCAUAGACCACCAUGCCGAUACAGUUUUAUGGCUAUCACGGUUUGCCAGUUUGAACUAGGCGUAAUUUCAUCCGUUUGUUCUUGUUUACAGAAAGUUGUAUCUCCCUAUGAAUUUCCAGUUAGAAAACACAAAAGAACACGAGCACUGCAACGUUAUUACAGCUUCCAUUUCAUGGAGAACAAGCUUCUUGCUGAACCAUCUCAGAACCACUGGCAUCAUCCAUCGUGCUCUCUUCUCUCUCUUCUCCAUCGGUGACAAAUUUCCCCUCCGUAAACUCGCAGCUACGAAUUGCCACACCAAGCUGCUUCUCCAUCUUCCUCACAACAAACACCUGCGACUCUUCACAAAUGCUCACCACGACGCCCUUCCUCCCUAGCCUCCCAGUCCGGCCAGCACGAUGAGCAUAGUGGACCGAGUCGGUAGGCAAGUCCAGAUUAACCACGAGAUCACAUUCGGGUACAUCCAAACCCCUUGCCGACAGCUCAUUCGUCACAAGUACUCUCAGCUCCCCAUUUUUAAACCUCUUCAUGAUUGUGGACCUCCCAAGCUUCCCAAGAUCUCCAUGCAACUCCGCAGCAUUCAACCCUCUCGCCUCCAGCUUGUACACCACGUCCUUCAACUGUUUAGUGUGGUUCAUGAAGGCUAUCACACACUUAGCGUCCAUCGCAUGGACACACCUCCUCAGAGCAUCCACCUUGUGCUGCAACUUCACCACAGAAUAGUAGUGCUUCAGAGAUGGAGGCAAGCUUUCUGACGGUCCUGGAUUUGAAUCCGAUGCAGGCUGUGUUGAAUCAACCGGUCCAGACGGAGAAACCAAUUCCAGCGGGGUUACUUUCUUUGCUUGAACCAGAACUGGGUCAUUCGACCAACUUCUGGCAGCUCUUAUCACUGCAAAUGGCACUGUGGCAGAGACCAAUACAGUGCGACGCUCUGAUUUCCUUCCAACGUGAUCCAGUAUCCUCCGCAUUGCUUCUCGAAAGUUGAAUGAGAGGAGCUCGUCGACUUCAUCCAGGAUCAGGAAACGACAGCCAUGGGUGUGAAGCUUGCCAGCUGCGCUAAUCUCGGCUAUCCUCCCAGGCGUCCCCACUACGAUUGCUGGCUUGUUCUUCUUGAGAGCUUCUUCCUGUCUGGACCUGUUUGCACCACCAACGAGCUGUUGAACAGCUCUCUUGUUUUCAGGUCCCAAGAUGUUCUCGACCUCCCUCACGAUUUGCAUUCCGAGCUCUCGAGAUGGUGCCACAAUCACUGCUUCUAUGUCAUUCCUCUUCUUGCCGCCACCAUUGUCUUUAGAAUGAGAAGAGGAAUUGACAUCCUUCAGUGGUCCAAUUCUGGAUAGUAUAGGAAGGAGAUACGCCAAUGUUUUGCCCGACCCAGUGUAAGACUGUAUAACAACGUCGUGGUCUUUUAGGAUAGUUGGAAUUGCAGCAGAUUGCACAUCGGUUGGAACCUUGAAGCCUUCAGACUCUAAUCUCUCUAUCAGCAAUGGUGGCAGGCCAAGCUCGGAGAAUGACUUCGCUGAAAACGGAGCGAGCUCUAUGUCAUCAACCGAUGCUCUCACUUUACUAACCGGCUUGGCCUUACUCUUUGGCUUGUCAACUGGAGAUCGUGUUAAUUUCACAUAGUUCUCAGCUUUUCUACUCUUUCCAUCGCUGUCUGUUGUUGCCUGGAGCUCUAUAUCAUCAACUGAUGUCCUCCCCUUAACAACCGGCUUCACUCUACUCCUUGGAUUAUCAACAGGUGACCUUGUCAGUUUCACAUUCUUCUCAAAUUUACUUUGCUUCCCAACACCGUCUGUUGCUGCAUCAAGCUGAUUGCUGAAUCCCACGCUAGCAAGAGUGAGAGGGCCAUGGUGUUCUUUAGCAACUCGACUGAAGAACCUGACCGAAUGGCCCCAUGUCGAUACAGUAACGGGAAGUAACGUCAAUUGCUGUGAAGGCAAUGAGUUUCCAGCUAGAACAAGCAACCUGGUUGUUGAAGUUAAAGCCGGCAUUGCAGCAAGAAACCAAGCCCACAGCUUUUCUUACCGCAUUUGAAUCCUGAAGCAGAGGGACUGACGGAGACCAACCAAGAGAGAGAAGACGGCAGAGAAGGAAGAGGUUCUAUUCCGAGACGGAUAAGAUUCAAAGACUGAGACUUUGUGGGAGAAGGAAGGUAGUGGGACUGGGGAGCAAAGCAAUGGAGGGUUUAAGCGGCUCUCCGAUGAUUUCUUGGUAAAAAUGGAUUUGAGGAUUUUACAUAUAUAUUUAUGGCGGCGGUAAGCAGUGUCUAUCGACUUCCUGUCUCCGCCGUCCGUUUAGGUAUUUAUCGAACACGCUCAAAUAAAUAAAAUUGAUGUUUAUUUUCAUCCCUGUACUAUAGUUUUUCAACAUUUACG